AUGGAGGCUGUUGUACCCCCAGAGGUCACCGCCGAGCUCACCCAGAUCCUAUCUAACCUUGUCCUCGGCGACAACCAGAUCCGCGCAAAUGCAGAAAAGGCCGUCAAUGAACGCCUUGCUCAGACUCCGGAGCUCUACCUCCUCGCCCUGGCUCAGUUUGCCACUGCCGCAGAUACUGAAGUAAUGCGCUCAUUUUCGCUGGUGCUCCUCCGACGUCUUCUAUUUCGCCCCUCGCCGACCCAUGGUCUUUCUCUGUAUGACCACCUCUCUUCCCAAAGUCUUACAACGCUGGAGCGGAUCCUGCUUCAUUCUCUCCUACACGAGCCUUCUUUGGCUGUUCGUCGGAAAGCUGUCGACACCGUCACAGAUAUUUCCAACAAUGCCAUGACCAGAGGCAGACCUUGGCACUCUCUCCAGGCCCAGAGUUUUUCCAUGGUUGAUUCUUCUGACCCUAUCACUCGUGAAGCUGCCUUCAAAGUUUUCUCCGGCUGUCCUAACCUUGUCAUGGACUUGCAAACGGACGCUGUUGUUGGUGUUCUGCAGAAGGGCCUCCAGGAUGCCCAGAGCGUAGAUGUCCGUCUGGCCGCUCUUCAUGCGUCAGUGGCAUAUCUUUCCGCCUCAGAUAUCAGUCAGCAAGCACAGACCUUGUCUCUACUGUAUCCUAUGCUCAACACGCUUCCCACCAUUCCGCACUCCCACCUCCCUGCCUUCCUGUUUGUCCUUACUCCGCUGGCAUCUUCUCAUCCUGGUCUCUUCCAAAUCCACCUCCCGGCCCUUUUGUCGUUUCUCCCCGCACUGAUCGUCCCAACCGUCGAUGCAGGACCCACUCCUACAGUGGCGCGCCCGAACCCUGCUGCGGGCGGAAGCAGUUUCGUCUUUCCUCCCCCAGUGCAAAGCGGGAACGGUAAAGGAAAGGCGCCAGCGACAGCGGAUGACCAUGGUGCCGACGAUGAUCAAGAACAGGAAGUACGCAAAGCUGCUCUUGAGUUCAUGUUGAGCCUUAGUGAGGCCCGUCCAGCCAUGGUCAAGCGUGUUCCAGGAUGGGUAGACGUCAUCGUUCGCGGUUGUCUAGAGGGAAUGGGUGAGAUCCCAGAAGAUGAGACUGAUAUUUGGCUGGAGGCAGAUCCUGCGGACGACCCGACGGACGACACAUAUCCGCAUGUGUAUGAGCAAUCUAUUGACCGUCUUGCAUGCGCGUUGGGCGGCAAGGCAGUGCUACCCCCAGCCUUCCAGUAUAUCCCAGCCAUGCUUGCCGGUCACGAUUGGCGACUGCGACACGCAGGACUUAUGGCUAUCGCUGCUAUUGCUGAAGGAACCAACAAGGUCAUGGUCCACGAGCUGGAUAAAUUGGUCGAUCUCGUCACCCCAAUGUUUGCGGACCAGCAUCCACGUGUGCGUUUCGCAGCCUGCCAAUGCAUCGGACAGCUUUGCACCGACCUUGAGGCGGUCAUACAGGAGCGAUUCCAUCAGCAGAUUUUUGGAGCGCUGAUACCUACAUUAGAAGCACCCGAGGCUCGUGUUCACGCACACGCUGCCGCUGCUUUGAUAAACUUCUGCGAGGGUGUGGAGUGCGAGACACUUAUACCAUAUCUCGACCCUAUCGUCGAGCGUCUCCUCAAAUUACUUCACCCAGGUGCCGACAGCACAAAGACACCCAAGCGAUAUGUCCAAGAACAGGUUAUUACAACACUGGCGAUGGUCGCAGAUGCCAGUGAGGCGACAUUUGCCAAACAUUAUGCGGCGAUAAUGCCGCUGUUGCUUAACGUUCUGCGGAACGCCAACACUUCGGAGUACCGCAAGUUACGGGUGAAAGCAAUGGAGUGUGCCGGGUUGAUUGCCAUCGCUGUCGGUCGCGAUAUUUUCAGACAAGACGCUAACACGUUCAUCGAGCAGCUCAUGCGCAUACAAAACAGCCCAGUAGAUCCUGGAGACACAAUGUUGAGCCACUACAUGAUUGCAACAUGGGCGAAGGUAUGUCAAGCGAUGGGACCCGAAUUUGAACCAUACCUCCCUGUGGUCAUGCCCCCAUUACUCGUCGCUGCUGGUACGAAACCAGAUGUAUCAUUAUAUGAGGAAGACCACGUCCCAGAAGAGAAGGAUGGAUGGGAGACGUUGUCCAUGGAUGGUCAGCACGUGGGUAUCAAGACGUCUGCCAUUGAAGAGAAAUGUCAAGCGUUUGAGACGCUCAUGAUAUACUGCUCAACCUUGGGCGCGCGAUUUGCUCCGUACAUGCCCCAAACUCUAGAGCUCGUGCUGCCAUCGCUUCGAUUUAUCUUCCACGAGGGGGUUAGAGAGGCGUGUUCCAUGUUAGUUCCUAUGCUUCUCGCGUGCGGCAAGAGCAGUGGAACUUUGACGACGCCGAUGGUCUCCGCAUCAUUCAACCAGCUGGUCACCUGUAUCGGGGUAGAGACGGACUCAUCCUUCCUCUCAUCUCUGUACAGGUGUUUCUCAGACUGUCUGCGCGUAGUUGGGGGCGUCGCUGCUCUCGCUCCCGAGUUCCACCAGGGUGUAAUGGAAGCUACGAAGCGCCAGUUGCAGAAUAUGGCAGAUAAACGCAAGGCGCGUGCAGCGCGAUCCGCGACGGAGCUCGCAGACGAUAAGGAUGACCUCAUGCUCUUUGAAGAGAUGGAGGAGUUUGCACUGGAAGACAUGGGAAAGAUGCUGGCAAUUUUUGACCCAAACCAUCCUCUGUUGAUGGCUGUCUCGAGUGUGCGGGAGUUGGGGCUGCAAUUGUCACAGUGGGAGAGCGAAGAUGAGGAAGGCGGCUCCGAAGGAUAG